CUCUGUCGCUCUCUUGCUCUCGCUCUGGUGAACCGUAACAUCAAUUGCACUUAACCCUUUUCUCAGCUACACAGUUCUUGGUUCAAUCAUACUCUCUCUCUCUCUCUCUCAAUGGAUUAUAAUUAUCAACCAAACACUUCCCUUCAUCUCAGCUUACCAAACAACCAGCCCAACCUGGAGCGUUUCCUCGACCCGUCGUCCUCCUCCUCCUCAUCGCCACGCAGUCCGUCCGAAGUGGCUCGGAUGUUCUCGUGCAACUUCUGCCAUAGGAAGUUCUACAGCUCGCAGGCGCUCGGCGGCCACCAGAACGCGCACAAGCUCGAGCGCACCCUCGCCAAGAAAAGCAGAUCGGAGUUGAGCUCGGCCGUCAUAGCCCACGCGGCGCGCUCACAGUCAGGCUUGAGUCAUGCCGUUCGCACUCAUCAGCACCACCACGAGCACGUGGGUGGCUUUCUUGGAGACUUGGGCUACGGAGGGGUGCGAGAGAUGGUGAAGUACGGGUCGGCUUCGAAAGGGUAUCGACCAGAAAAUUCUCAUCAGGAGGAGUUUUGUCAGCUUGACUUGUCCCUAAGGCUCUGAAUCGAUUAUUUCAUAAAACCCCUUAAAAACAAAGAUUAGUAUUCGACUUAUGAGACUUAUUUUUAGUUGUAUUUUACUGCUCAGAAGUUGCUGAUAACUAUUCGCUUCUUCGGAUUGAAAAGCAAGUAGAGUUAAAGGAAACGCUUCAACGCUGAUCAAUGCAAGGAAUUGCCUUUCUCUUUUUCC